AUGUUCUCCGUUCGAACAGCUGCGCGAGGUCUCUCGGGGCUUCGGGCCUUUUCUACGGCCCGAGUGCUGCAGUCGGAGCUGGCAUACCAAGUAUUUGGCCCGGAAAGCGGCCAAGCCGUCCGAAACCCGAUCCUAAUUCUCCACGGGCUAUUUGGAUCGAAGCAGAAUAACCGAAGCAUUGGGAAAGCUUUGGCACGGGAUCUGAAAUGUCAGAUCUUUGCCCUGGACUUGAGGAAUCAUGGACAGUCUUUCCAUGCUGCGGAACACAACUAUAGCGUCAUGGCCGACGACGUACAGGAGUUUAUCCAGCAGCAGAAGCUGGACAAGUGUGUCCUGAUUGGACACUCUAUGGGGGCCAAAGCUGCAAUGGCUGUCGCCCUCCAGUCCCCCGACCGCGUUUCGGCUUUGAUCCCUGUGGACAAUGCUCCUGUAAAUGCCGCAUUGAAGAGCGACUUCCCCAAGUAUGUCCGUGGCAUGCAGAAGGUUGAGGCCGCCAAAGUCUCCAAGCAAUCUGAUGCCAACAAGAUUCUCGAAGACUACGAAGAGUCUCUCCCUAUCCGCCAAUUUCUUCUCACCAACUUAGUUCGCUCGGAAGAAGACAACACGCUCAAGUUCCGUGUGCCACUAUCAGUCAUUGGCCGCUCUCUCGACAACAUGGCCGAUUUCCCCUUCCAGGCAUCGGAAAACCUGCAAUACAAUGGCCCGACACUGUUCGUCCGUGGCACUCGAUCCAAGUACGUUUCCGAGGACACCGUGCCGGCCAUUAAGAAGUUUUUCCCCAAUGCAGAAAUCGCCGACGUGGAAGCUGGCCACUGGCUCAUUUCUGAGAACCCUGAAGCUUUCAGGCAAGCUGUGGUGAAUUUUUUGGAAAAGAUCUAA